UUUAUUUCGUUUAACAUGAAGACAUAUAUAAUUCUAUUAAUUUUCGCAUAUUUUGAUUUUUCAGUUGCAAUUAAUGCUGGAAUAAACCCAUUGGACGUUCUUAAUAGUGUUAAGUUCUACCUCUACACUAAUCAAAAUCCGGAAGAUCCACAAAUAAUCAGUUAUAAAGACAAUUCUGUAGCAGUGUCCAAUUACGAUAGUUCACGUAAGACCAAAUUUAUUAUUCAUGGAUUUCUUGCAUCCUAUGAGCAAGUACCAAAUCGUCCUAUAAGAGAAGCAUAUUUAGCGACAGGAGACUAUAAUGUGAUUGCUGUUGAUUGGAGCAAGUAUUCCUUUACGGAAUACGUAACAGUCGCAUCGAAAGUAUAUCCUGAAGUAGGUACAGCAGUCGGAAAAUUAAUUGACUUUUUGCAUUCCAAUUAUGGAUUAAAUUUUAACGAAUUGGUUGUAAUUGGACAUAGUUUGGGAGCACAUGUUGCUGGUUUUGCAGGAAAACAAGUUAAAUUAGGCAAAAUUGAAUCAAUAGUUGGUCUUGAUGCAGCACUCCCUUUUAUUAAUAUUAACGAUCCUUCACAACGCUUGUCAAGAACCGAUGCAAAUUAUGUUGUAACGAUACACACUUCGAGUGGAAGGAACGGCAUUGCAAUGCCAAUUGGUCAUACCUCUUUUUAUCCAAAUUGGGGUCGUCGACAAAUAAAUUGUGACGUUGAUAAAUUUGCUGAUUUUUGUUCUCACCAAACAUCUAUUCUGAUUUAUGCUGCUGGAGUGAGAGGUUAUUCAUAUGCACCCAUCUAUCAGUGUAGCUCAUUUGAAGAAAUUGUGGAAGAAACUGGUUGCAAUAAAGAAGUCGAUGUACAAGUCGGAGAUCCUUUGAUUGUAAAGAAAUUACCAGGAAUUUUCUAUUUUGAUAUUAAGGAUGCUUCAAAGCUAGCACUUCUCUUUUAAAGAAGUUUCUUCAUAUUUUAAUCAAUAAUUUAUUGUUACUUAAUAAUACAUAUAAUAUGCAUUUUAUAUUAAUACUUGUGUAU